AUGCAGGUGCACAGAGAGCUGUACUCUGCAUCUCUGCCCGAAACUGCAUUUGAAGGCUCAUCAUUUGGUGGAGAUAUCUCAUCAGGAGACUUGCUCGCGGAUGCCGCAUCCAUGCCUGAGAUAACCAACGAGCUGCGCACCCGUAGUGGCCGUCGUCUGCAUCCCACCUGGAAGGUUCGAGAUUCACUGCCUACAGGGCCUGGUGGAUUGGAUAUACAACACCCAGAAUCUACACAGAAUCCACAGCCUCUGCAGCCUUCGCGCCGCAUACUUCUUCUCGUUACAGAGAAGAUUCGCACUGUGGCCAACCGUUUCAGUCUCAGCUUCUUGUACAAGCGGCGGCCUUCUUAG